CUUUGAGAGCUUAGCAUUAGUUAAAAAAUUUAAACAAGAUUUGGCUAGACUUAUAUACAAAAUUCAAUAUACCAUAGAGGGAAAACUCAAAGAAGGUGAAUGCUCGAAAUUAUGGAACAAGAUACUUCAGAAAAUUAUCAACUAUAUGAAUAAUAAUAAAACUCGAUUAAUAGGCAUGUCGCCAUCAUAUGCAGUGACAUUAGGAGAAGUAAUACCUAAAGUAUCUACUAAACCUAAAAGACCUAUUGGAAAGGAUGAACUACUAUUACAGAAGAGGCUCACAGUAAGAUAUCUAUUAAAACCCGUUAUUGUUGGUAAAAAUCCACCACAGCUAGUUUUAUACUAUCUUGAGGAUAAGCCAAUUGAUUCAACUAAUCAUUUAAUAGGUCGUAAUCCCAAAAGACCUUUUAAGAGAGAGGAGCUUCAA